GACUUGUCUAUCCACAUGCCACUCGCAUCUGUGUGGCGGUCCGUGAACGCAUCACAUUCCCCUUUUCUUCUCACUAUCAGACGAAGGGGCGGAAACGUAACGACGACUCACAAUAAAAUCCACACAAGCACGUUAUUAGAAUAUUUAUACACGCAUUGUGCACAAUCUUGGCUGAGGUGGAUAUUUGAAAAAUACAUUUCACCGAACACCGCUGGUCCCCGGGUCUCCCUGAUGAGUAUGAGCCUGACUACUGAGCCCCCCAACGAUGCUGCCCCUGUCACAGAAGAGAGCAAAAUGGCGACAGUGGAGAAAGACAAGAAGCCGGAUGACGUUGUGGCAGCAGCAGCAGCAGCAGCAGCAGCAGCUCCAUCGGCACCAGCCACAGUGGCAGCAGUAGCAGAGGAGGAAGAGGAGGAAGAAGAAUAUGUAGUGGAAAAGGUCCUAAAUCGGCGGGUGGUGAAGGGGAGAGUGGAGUACCUGCUCAAGUGGAAAGGAUUCUCGAAUGAAGACAACACGUGGGAACCCGAGGACAACCUGGACUGCCCCGAUCUGAUCGCAGAGUUCCUGCAGUCCCAGAAGACGGCACACGACAGAAAAAGAACGGGGGGCGAUGCAGACGGAGACGAAAGCAAAGCAAAGAGGAAAAAAGAUGAUACUGAGAAGUUACGGGGCUUUGCGAGGGGUCUGGAUCCAGAGCGAAUAAUUGGAGCCACAGAUUCCACAGGAGAGCUCAUGUUCCUCAUGAAAUGGAAAAAUUCAGACGAGGCAGAUCUGGUACCAGCAAAGGAAGCAAACGUCAAAUGUCCGCAGGUGGUCAUCUCAUUCUAUGAGGAGCGACUUACCUGGCACUCGUACCCCACCGAAGAUGAGAAAAAGGAUGACAAGAACUAGCACAGGGCCAGAAUAAGGCUGACUUUUUAGAGUUUGUUGUACUUUUUUGAUGGCAGGCGUGAGCAAGCAAGAUGCUUUUGGACUUUUGGUGUAGCAUCAUAAGGAUAUAUCUGAAUGAACAGGUCUCAUUUGUGCAGCCAGAAAAAGCAGUGAUCUGACGGUUCAUUUUGAUUUUUGUGGUUUUAUUCUUUCAAUGUGCCAUGUUUUAUUACUUUGUGCCUUUCGAGGGCAGAACUGUUCAUCUUCAUCAUCACUAUGCUUGUUGUGCAGUUAUGGACUUCUCAGUGAUAUUUUGUGAACGUUGUGCAUUUCCUGUCUUGCUUGUCCGUUUUGGAGAAUAAACCUUUUAGUUACUAUU